UAUUAUAUAUAUUGAUAAAGAAUGUAAACUGAUUCAACCCGAAGAGUUGGUCAAUCAAAGACCUUUGCACUACAUAUGAGGGUCAUUUUUCAAUUAUAAUAUUUACAUCACUUAUACAACGUGUUUGUGUUUUAUUUAAAUUCAAGGGAAACACGACUACAUUUUGCGCCAAACGUAGAUUUCAUCAAUGUUAUCAACUAUCAACGAUUUCCAUUACCUGUGGCGGAAACUCCGUUAUUACGUAAAAGACAUUAGUCACAAGAAGUUGUACGUCACUUGUCGACAUACGUAUAUUAAACUUUUUGUUAAAUCCGGAAGUCCAAAAAUAAUUUAUCAACAACACAUGGUUUUCACGAGGGUUUUCAGUGAAAAUAUUUUGCAGUUUUAUGAGAUAGGACUUUACGUUACUGGACUGGUAGGCAGAAGGAACAUGUAAUGGUUUAUGAUAAUAUGUUAAGAGAGGAAUGCCUGCUACACAAAAUGAUAUGAUGUUAUCAAAGUUUUCAAGGAAAGAUGGUCUAGUUUUAACAUGUGGCGUUGUAACUUUUUUCAUCUUAGCACAUAUUGGAGAGUUUUUGUUUGAGAGCUCUGUGAAGAUUCCUGUAGGAAUUAUUAUAGCAUGCUCCUGCUGGGUCAUAUCAAGUCGGGAAAGGUAUAAUGCAACACAACAAUUAAACAUUUUGAUUGACAAGAUACAUAGAGAAAAUGAGUGUUUGAAAUCAAAUCUCGCAGAACAAGACGAGAUGUUGGCACAGCUAGAACUUAAGCAACUUGAAUCUGAAAACAAAUUGCGUGAGGAAAAUCACCUUAGUGAACGAAAGUGUGAAGAAAUUGAAACAGAAAUGGAAAAAUUAAUCACAAGGAGUAAUGAAGAGAUUGAAACCGUCAAAACAGCUCUGGCUCAACACGAGGUAGAUAGUCAAAUGUAUAAGGAUAGAUGUAUAAGUCUAACAGAACAUUUAAGGACAGCCAUGACGGAAGGAUAUUCAUUAGAAACUCAGUUACAAACAGCUACGAAAGAAAUUCAGCAAAAUCAAGAAGAAUUUGAGCAGUAUAAAAAUACAUCAAAUAAAAGAUAUGACGCAAUAAAAACUGAGUUACAAAUAGCUUGGAUUAAUUUUCAGAAAGAACGUGAAGAAUAUGAAGAGAAUAAAAUGUCCUCAAAGAAAAGAUUUGACACUAUGACAACUAAGUUGCAAACAGCUAGUAUAGAAUUUCAGAAACAACGUGAAAUAUAUGCUGAGUAUGAAAACUCAUCCAAGAGAACAAUUCACACAAUGGAAACUCAGUUACAAACAGUUGGAAUAGAAUUUCAGAAAGAACAUGAACAAUAUCAAACGUAUAAAAAGUCAUCUAGGAAAAAAAUUGACACGAUGGAAACUCAGUUACAAACAAUAUGGAUAGAAAUGCGGAAAGAACGCGAAACAUAUGCCGAGUAUGAAAAGUCAUCCAAGGAAAAAAUAAACACAUUGGAAUCUCAAUUACAAACAGCUAGGUUAGAAUUUCAGAAAGAACAUGCCGAAAAUGAAGAGUAUAAAAAGACAUCAAGGAAAAAAAUUGACACAAUGGAAACUCAAUUACAGACAGCCAGGACAGAAAUGAAAAAAGAACGUGAAACAUAUGAAGAGUAUAAAGAGUCAUCCAAGAAGAAAAUUAACACAAUGGAAAUGGAAAAUAACAAUUACAAAGAGUUGCUUUUGAAGAAUAAAGAAAAUUUAGCAAAUAAACUCCAAGGUUUGCAAAACACCGUUGCGACAACACAAAAGGAACUGCAAAGAAUGAAAAGUGAGAAAAUCUCGUGGACGACAAAGUCAAACGAGCUACAACAAACAAUCAAAGAUAUCGAGAAGACACAGCAUAGUGAUUUUUACUCCAAGCGUCACGUAGAUGCCAUAUAUAAACUCGCAUCAGCAAAAACUGAUUAUGAAAGACUUGGAAUUAGUCGAGAUGCAACAAAGUCAGAUGUGAAUACAGCUUACAAAAAACUAUCUAUAUUGGUACAUCCUGAUAAAAACGCAGCCCCUGGAAGUGAAGAUGCAUUUAAAAUCUUACAGAGUGCAAAAAAUACCUUAUAUAAAAGAUGUAGUUAGCAUCUGUUUAUUAUUGAUUAUCUAGCUCUCUUAUAAAUUAAA